ACCAGAAAUCAAGCUGUUGUAAAAGCCUCCAAAAUAGUAAAGCUGCUAACUGCUGUCAUACAGUAUAGAUGGGUCAGACUGCAGACACAGGAGUGGAUAGGAGUAAAUCUGGGUGGUGGUUUGUUGGUGUAGAUUAAGACUAGGCUGAGUAGAUUGAGACUAGGCUGAGUAGAUUGAGGCUAGGCUGAGUAGAUUGAAACUAGGCUGAGUAGAUUGCGACUAGGCUGAGUAGAUUGAAACUAGGCUGAGUAGAUUGAGGCUAGGCUGAGUAGAUUGAAACUAGGCUGAGUAGAUUGCGACUAGGCUGAGUAGAUUGAAACUAGGCUGAGUAGAUUGAGACUAGGUUGAGUAGAUUGAGACUAGGCUGAGUAGAUUGAUACUAGGCUGAGUAGAUUGAGACUAGGCUGAGUAGAUUUAAACUAGGCUGAGUAGAUUGAGACUAGGCUGAGUAGAUUGAGACUAGGCUGAGUAGAUUGAGACUAGGCUGAGUAGAUUGAAACUAGGCUGAGUAGAUUGAGACUAGGCUGAGUAGAUUGAGACUAGGCUGAGUAGAUUGAGACUAGGCUCAGUAGAUUGAGACUAGGCUGAGUAGAUUGAAACUAGGCUGAGUAGAUUGAGACUAGGCUGAGUAGAUUGAGACUGGGCUGAGUAGAUUGAGACUAGGCUGAGAAUAUUGAGACUAGGCUGAGUAGAUUGAGACUAGGCUGAGUAGAUUGGAAAGGGACAGUAUUGAUAAAUCGCCAGGGCUCCUGACCCCUCUGUUUUGGAAAUGUUUGUCUAUCUGACAAACAAUGGCUGGCUGAAAGCCAGGGGGGACUUGCCAAACCACGGCCAGCGCACACAUCCUGCCUUUGUGGGCCAGGAAUGCCAGGAAUCCAGACAGCUGCCCUCCUUCUCCCACCCCUCCCUCCCCAAAAAGGUGCUCUCUCUCAAACAUCCCCAGUGUCCCAGUGGUUUCAGCCCAGUAGCCUGGGUGUCUGGGUGUUUGUGUAAGGCGCUGCUUGUGGCUCACCUCUCUCUCCCUCCAUUCCUCCUCUCUCUCCACAGUGCUCCUCCGUCCCCACAUCAGUGGCAGGCAGGUUAGUAGCAACACCUGUUCUCUGUGGUUCCCCUCUGCUCCCACCCACUGAUCUUUAUUCAUACUGAGAUUCCUGCUGCCUCAACUCUCAACACAUCCAUGUUGGUUUUUAUAUUUGGUUUUUCAUUUUGGUUCUUUCCUCGCAAUUCUUGAAUUUCUGAAGCGGUUUUGUAUUCAAAGAUACUUGUCUUAUACAUUUUUUUUUUACAUAAAUUUAAUUUAAAGAGCACAUAAAGACCAUGUAAAGUGCAUACACAACAUAUCUUUGCAGUCUUUACAAAGGAGCGUAGUGAGAUUCACAUGUUAAGGGUACAUUUUGGCUGUAUAAAGCAAACAUUUCAAGAGUCUGAAUAAGAAUACAAUAUGUAAAAACCACUUAAGAAAAAUAACAUAAACAAUCAAACACAAAAACCCAGAAGUUCCAGAAUAAGACCAGUACAAUAUGACAGGAACUGUGACCAGACAUCUUCAUACCUAUGCUGUCUAUGUUGAAAGAUUGAUGUAAUUCUCUCCAUGACAGCAAGUUCCACGCAGACCUAACCACAUAUCUUUUGGGGGUGCAUUUUGUUACACAUUUCCUUUCUGCCGCUAAAAGAUAAUCUCAAUUUAAGUGGAGAGGAGUGGAGUGUAUCCACAGGAACAAUACCUAGGAGGAGAUGACAUGGGUCUGGUUGAAUAAUAAUAUGUGUGAUGUCCUAUAUAAAAUGGAGAAUUUCAGACCAAAAAUACUGGAUUUUCGGACACGUCCAAAAUAUAUGUGAAUAAGACACGUUUUUUUUUCUGAACCAUUAUUAUUUAUAUUUUGUUUGAUAUUUUGGGGAGAAGAAGCUCUGUUGUGGUUUUGUCAAGGUGAACUGGGUUAAGUGAGGACAGGUCUCACAAAUUGAGCAAGGAUCCACAGAAACAGGUCCUAGUUAUUUUCUUUGCCUUCUCCUGUGGUGUGAGAGGCUUGCUAUAUUCACACUCACUCCUCUCUGUCUCGCUCUGCAGGUUUUCAGUGGCCUCAUCAAAUGUGCUAAAUUACGUUUCCUGUGUUUCAUAACAAUGAGAGCCAAGGCCUAAUGCAGGGCCUUCCUGCCCUCGAACAAAACACUUUUUAUGUCCCGCUGGGAUGACAAUGGGAAUGUUUCAUUUUUCCUACCAAACAUGGGAACCUGUGGAAGAGCCUUUGUUUCCUGGAAUGUGGCCAUUAGGAAAGAGAUGGAGGGAACACAGGAUAUGUGCCCUGCCCUGGGCAAUGCGUUUCAAUGGGGUGGCUGGGGCCAGAGGAGUUGUACGCAGGGAUUUUCUCUGCAAUCUGCAUCACUAUUUCCCCUGUUAAAGUGGAUUCCAUGCCAGAGUGGGAUUCCCCACUCAUUUUUUCCGUUACACCUGCACUUGUUUUUUUCUGUUGACAGCAUCAGUCUUACUUGACCCCCAAUGUCAAAUAUCGCUCAUAUGCCAGAAUGUAGCUACCGUGUCACUCCACAGUAUGGGAAUCCCACAGCCCUGCAGCCCUGGGUUCAAAUAGGGUUUGUGUUUAUUGAAAUACAAAUACUUAAAGGACAUAUGUGCUACUUUUCAACCUCAUAUUCAUUAACUCCAGUACCGUACCAGUGUCUACAUAUGUGAAAAUGACAUGUUUCUAUGUUCAGUGAUUACAAAGAUAAGAUGAAAGGUCCUAAUAAAGACUUCUCUGUGACAUCACAGUGUAGAGUUAAACGUUUUUUGUUUUUUUAAAUGUUGAUUUUUCAAACCUGCAACAAGUUUCUAGCCAGAUGGAAGAUGUUUUCUUGCUCCCCACGUCACUGCGAAUCUCAUAGGGUUUUUAAAAAUUGUAACUUUUGAUGACGUCAUGGGAUAGAACUUUUAUAUGUUAGAUUUUUUCUACUAAAAAUUGUAACUUUUGAUGACGUCAUGGGAUAGAACUUUUAUAUGUUAGAUUUUUUCUACUAAAUGUAGAAAUGCAUCGUUUUCACACAUGUAGACACUGGUACUGUGAAAAUGGAGAUAAUGAAAAUGAGGUUAAAAAGUGGUGGAAUUACCCUUUAAGCUGCAUUUGAUUGAGCUUUCAAGGCAAAAUGGGACUGAUGGGGAGAAUUUAAAUUGCAUACUCCUACUCCUCGCGUCCUCUCCCCGCCUCCUCAAAACCCAUUAGAGGAGAAGGUUAGAGGGGAGGGAAAUCUGGCUUUCCAUCCAAUGGGUUUUAAGAAGGAGGCGAGAAGAGAGGACAUGAGGAAUAUGCAAUUGAGAUUCUCCCAUGGAAUAGUCCCAAAAGUGCAAACCACACCCAUCUGGCACUAAAGAAAGGCUCAAUCAAAUGUUCAACCUGUUUGAAAGAAAUCAAAUACUAUUUGAAGCCACUCCACACUUAGCUUUACUUAUUAUGAAUUUAUCAGCAAUGAUCUUUUCUUGUAGUUUCUCAAUAGCAUUAGGGACAUAUGAUAGUAAGCUGUCAGUGCACUGAAGUGCCUACAGAGUUGUGUUUGUAAUAUAACCAUGGUUUCUCAGUAUAGUAAUGUAGCAAUGGUGCAAUUUCUUCCUCUCCUACUCCACUCACUCAAUCCCCCCUUGAUUCACUUUCUCUUCCUCCUUGAGAGGAGAGCUGAUGUCACAGGGAGGUGGCGGUCUGCCCAUGUCUAUAAGUACAGGCACCACAGAGGGAAUCUCUAUAUGAAGUUGAGCUAACCCAGCUGAGCAGUGCUGACCCAUGCUGAGCAAAGACACUGCAGGAGAGCAAAGAAACACUAGACUGGUGUACCUUUUAGUGCACUCAAACAGAUGAAGGAAUAAGUGAACUGACAGAUAGACUUCUCUCCUCUGGACUCAGGUGCAGGCUCUGGACAGUAUAUCAUCACAGACACUAGGUAUCUAUUCUAGAAUCUAACGACCUCCUGGACGGAAUCUUUAUCUCUAAUUUAAAUUGUGUAAUCUACACCUUCGGGAUGUUUUCUCUGGUUAGUUUGAGACGGACCGUCUCCACACUGUUCGUUCUCCUCUCCAGUGCUGCUGUCAUGGUGGAGAGUGACUGUCCUACCCAGUGCUCCUGUGGCGCCUCACAGCCACCGUGCCCAGCGGGCAUUAGUUGGGUGACAGACGCCUGCGGCUGCUGUAAGGUGUGUGCCAGGCAGUUCAACCAGGACUGCAGCCCCAGCCAGCCCUGUGACCACAUCAAGGGCCUGCACUGCCACCUGGGGGCUGGGGGAGACCCAGAGAGAGGCCUGUGCCGAGCGGAGGCCCAGGGCCGGCCCUGUGAGUUCAACGGGCGUGUCUACCAGCAUGGAGAGGACUUCCAGCCCAGCUGCCAGCACCAGUGCAGCUGCAUGGACGGGGUGGUGGGCUGCAUGCCACUCUGUCCCCAGCAGGUGCCCUUGCCCGACUGGCGCUGCUCCCAGCCAAGGCUGGCACGGCCCCGGGGCCGCUGCUGUGAGGAGUGGGUCUGUGAUGACAAAAACAACAUCAGUGAGGACCCAGAGGAACCUCCACAGGCAGCCCUACCUGACCCACAACCCCUCCCAAACCACAUCAACAACCAGCUCCAGGCCCAAGCCCUGGCCCAGCCACGCUAUCAGGCCAGCACUGGAGUCACUUUUAGAGAGUUGGUGUCCCUCCCCAGGUCCCAGGUGUUGCUAAGCGCCAGAUGCUUCCCUCAGACCACUGAUUGGACGGAAUGUUCCACCACGUGCGGGAUGGGCAUCUCAAGCCGGGUGACCAAUAACAACGCAGAGUGUCGGCUGGUCAGAGAGACACGACUCUGUCAGGUCCGCCAAUGUGACCUGCAGCUUACCCCAGCAAUCAAGAGGUUAAAGAAGUGCCAGCGUACAGUGCGCCCCCAGGAGCCAAUCAGGAUCAACUUUGCUGGCUGCUCCACAACACGCCGCCAUCGGCCUCACACCUGUGGCUCCUGUGCGGACGGGCGAUGCUGCACCCCUUCACUGACCCGCACCGUCCGCCUGCGCUUCCAAUGUCCCGACGGAGAGGGCUUCACACGCAACGUCAUGUGGAUCCAGAGCUGCAGCUGCAAGAAGAGCUGCCACAAUCACAGUUCCCCCUCAAGACCCUCUGUCAGCCUGCACAACGACAUCCACAACUUCAGGCACUGAGGCAGGCUUAGGAGGAUGCCUAACCCUAGUCUCAACACACUAGACAGGGCUAGUGCAUGCUAACCUCUCCCCAUCUUCCACCCACCCUCUGCCCAGGGAUAGCCCUGCCUUUCAGUCCCUUCCUGGACACCAGCCUCUCCCUCCUGCACCAGCGCCAGACUAUGGGAGAGAGAGCCUCGGCUAGGUGGCCGCUCCAUCCAACCAGGCAGAACUAUCGCUUGCACUUUAAGCUUCCUGACACGUUGCCACAAGUUAUCCGACAUGAGAGAUGUGGAUCAACUGCUCUCCACAGCCAGGUCCAGUGUCCCUUCCCUGUUGAUGACACAGUCACAGAACUGUUCUGGUGGAGGGAGGGACAGCACUGAGCACAACAGACUAUGGAUGGCCUGAUGUCACUUUCCUGAUGUCAUUUUGAACUUGUAAAUUAAUCAGUUUGGUUGUCUGCUUUUCCCCCUCAUUAUUUAUAAUGUUUAUUUGUUAACAUUGUCAAGUUCCUCUAUAAUCACAGAGGAGCAAGGGAAAAGGAAUGUAUAUGUGUGUAUGUGAAAGACAUAUACAUUUUUGUCAUAAUAGAAAUGUGUAAAUUAGUGAGGCCAGUGAAUGUGUAAGGAUGUGAUGAGUGACGACCAUGGGCAAUCUCUUACAUUCAUGAAAUGUUUUGUCUGAUACAUCGAUGGUAGAAAGAGGACAGGAUAUCAUUCUACAAAUUCAUCAAUGAUUGUAAUUAACUGUAUAUUACAUUGUGUAAAGUUCAGUGUUUAUGUGUGUGAGAGAGAAUGAAAGGGCGAGAAACAGAGUGUUUACAUGUGUGUAUUUGUGUCAUAUGACAGAGUAUAGUGUACAGACUUCACUCUUAGUGGAGUGGCAAUUGAUGGAGAUCACCUCAUUUUCCGGGGUGUGUUUUUAUUGCCUCAUAGUAUAGAGACUUGUACUGGAGGGAAGAUUGUAUUUGAUAUAUUUAAGAUUUCUAUAUUGUUUGAAUUCUAGAUCAAUAAUACUCUGAAAAAUUGAAUAAAAACAUUCAACACGU